CUCAGCUCUUUUGGUCCACGAGAGUUGUUUUGACAUUAGGAAAAAAUUAAGUUGAUAAAAUGUCUAUGUAAGUUUGAUUUUAUAAAAAAAAUUAGAAAAAAUUACCACACUGAGGGACUCCUCACUGAACUGAACCACAGUCACAUUUACAACUAAUGGUAGAUUGACAAGAUAAGUGUUCUAUCUACAAAAAUGCUUUUGGAAAAUGAUGCAGUAUGUAUUUUGUUUAUUAAUUAUAAGUUUUAUAUAUUAAAAGUUAAAAGUUUGAAUCUGUGAUGAAUGUUGGCAUUGUAAUGAUUGUAGUUGUAGUCUCCAUAUUGACAAUUUGAAUUGCCGUAUUUAGGUACUUUGAUAACACAAUUUGUAAAUAAACCAAUGGCAUAAUUGAACAGAGAUAAUUUUGUAACAGGAUUAUCAAAAUUAUAACACCAAAAUAAUAUUUUUAGCAGUAGGCUGUAGGCAUCUCGAUACCCGCUCGCGCAUUUGGUCUGCGGCCGCUUAGGGACAGGGAAAAAAUAAAAAAAACUGAAGUGGCCACCUUACAAUUGCUUCUACGGUGACCUCGGAUUUAUGCGUUGUACGUCACAGUUUCCUAUUUGUACAUUUAUUUUGUCAUCAAUUACGAUAAAUAUUUGUCUUCCAGUUACUUGAGUGACGCACAUAUCUUUAGCCCAACUUGAUUUAUCUCUGUUCUUCUUUUUGUGUCACUUUCACCAUACAGUAAGCUAUAAAAAUGUAUUAAAUACUCCGUUUUAGCAAUUGCAUGACAUUGAAACCAAAAGAAUUGAGUUAAGCAUCCAAAUUUGAUGAGGAAUAACUUUGAAAUAGUCCAUAUUCUAUUUUUCAGGUUAAUACUAAUUCUUUCCCCAUCACAGGAGGGAAAAAAUAAAUUUCUCCAUAUUUUGACUUUGUAUCUUCACCGGAAACAAAAUUCGCUCUCGGUAUCAAUCAAAAGAGAGUUUAAUAAUUUAAUAUUCCAUAAUCUUUAUAUAUCUGAAUAAAUCUAUGUAAAUUGUAAUUUUAGAAUACAGAAAUCGAAAAUAUACAUAAAAUUUAAUAUAAGUUUGCUUCCACCUACUCCUACUAUUUCUAGACCUACGCCUACAACUACAAUUUAACUUUAAUUUAUAGGUCUAAGUCUAAGCUUAGCCACUAAUAAUACUUACUAAGCCUAAGUUUUAAGUACCGGUACUGCCAGUACUAUUUACUAAGAUUAUAACUAUUAAUAUUAAGCACCAAAUUUUAAUAUAUAAUAUACUAAUACAAAUUUCUAAUACUAAUACUACAUAAGGCCUUAUUUACUUAUUCAAAUUGUUAAUAUAUUGAUAAUUUCCAAAUUUAAAAAGAAAUUAACUUAAAGUAAGUUUUAAUAAUAAUAAUUAAUAUUUAAUAAUAAAGACAAAACUUGAACACUAAUUAAUAAUUAUUAAUGAUAAUAAUAAUAAUAAUAUUAAAAAGAAAUUAAAUAAGAACAUUUGUAGAUUCAGGAUUAUGAUUUAAUAUGAUUAGAUGUUGUUUCUGGGCUUAUUUCAGAUAUAAUUAAUAAUAGAUGGAAAAUUUUAGUUAAGUAGAACAUGACGGGCAGAACAUUACUAUCAAUUACCUUUUUGAAAUUUAAUCACAUACUGAUACUCCUGAAAAUUUGGUGCAAUUAUCUUUAAAAAUAAAAAUAUUGUGGGCAAAAUAGUGCAGAAAUUUGAAUUUUGUUUACAAUUGUGGACAUAUUGAGCUACAUUUCCAUCAUAAUUUUGUGCCCUUUCAAUCGACCUCAAUUUUAGGCAUCUUUCCCUACAAAAUUCUGUAAGAAGUUCAAAAUAUGUCUUUCACUUUCAUAUUAAUUCUUCAUCUGCAUUAUUAGGUGUGCCAAUUCUCAUUGUCAGCCACUAGUCAGGCUCAUCUAAGUAAUCUGUAUUAUCAUAAAGUCACCAUGUCCAAUUUCAACCAUGCUCCCUUUUUAAUGGUGGAAGAUGCCAAUACUUGUGAAAUAUUCAAUUAUUACCACUAUUCACAUCAAAUUAUUUGACAGCAGAAUUGGAUCACGAAAUGGGGAGGUGGGGUCCAUAGUAAAGAACACCAAAUGAACUCACACUUUAAAAAUUCAUAGCUCAUAAAGUACUAAAGCUAGAAAGUUGAUUCUUGUUUCAAUUUUUUUAAUAUGAAGUUUGCUCUAUACAAAUAUAAUAAUUUUUGAAAAAUAUUUUAUUUUUUUACCGAAGUACCAACAUAUCGUAAUUCAUGAUUCAUAUCAUUAUCAUCAUAUGGCUUUUAUUUAAAAUUAAAUAGAGCUAACCCUUAAGUUUAAAUAAUUAUUUUGUAUAGAAUUUAGAUUUCAGUACUGCCUGCUGGGGAUGUCUUCCACAGUCUAUAGGUCAUGAAGUUUCCCCAGAGGAACUACAGACCACAGUUCUGUAUUCAGAAUUUUAAAGAUUUCAAUUUUUAGCUCUAUUCUUUUUCUUUGAUACUAUUUUUUUUUCUCCCCAGAAAAUUAAAUUGUUUAUUUUUAUUUUGAAAGUGUGAGGAGUGGCUCCUCUCCAAAAAAUUAUGUUCAAAUGCACUAUGAAAUGAAUAGCAUAAGUACCUCUUAAUGGGUAAAUUUAUGAAAACAGCACCGCUCAUUUCCCACAGCUAUCUUCUUAGUUGCCAUGAUGGCAGACUUGUGUGGCAACCAAGAUGGCGGCAGUCUAAAAAAAAAAAAAAAAAGUAGUGCAAACACACGUCUGAUAAAAUGAAGAGAGGAAAGUGAGUGUGCUGUUUUAGCUACUUACAGAGAGAAACGUUAAAAUUUAAUCAAAUAAUUUUUUUAGAAGUACCUUCAAUCCUAAAAUNCCCCCCCCCCCCCCCCCCUAAGUGUAAAUGUAACCCUAAAUUUAGUCGUCCCCCUCCCCCGUAAAUCUUCAAACCUAAAUUCUAUGGUCUAUGGUGACAUGAACCCUAAAGCCACAUGUUAAUGUUCUACAGUUACACACUGUAUUCUACUAACAAAAUCAUACAUUUUAAUAAAGAGAUCAAAAUAGUUUUUAAAGUAUUUUAAAUAAUGAAAACUUACUUACGAUUUCAUAGAAUACACUUUUAUACACUUUAUUGUGGGUUCCACCAAAAGUAAAAUCCAAAAGUUGUCUGAAAACUCAAUACAAUACACAUUUUCCACAAUGCCUGAAAAUUUAAAUCUUAUUGAAAUUAACCACCCAAUGAAAUAUUAAUUUAAAACAUUCAAUUGGCAUAUUAAUAUUAAAAUAAAAGAAUUUAACUAUAGUAACAAUCCAAGAAUAAACAAAGGGGAGAGAAUCCUACACAGAAUAUCAAAGUGAUGCGGAUUGUGUAAAUUGAGCCCUCUUUUUUACAGUACCGGUACAAGGAUGAUUUGUUUUUUUUCUUCAGUAAUUUCUUUUGAACCUUUAAUUUUAUUACAUUUCAUAUAAACAAUUGAUUGUCAGAUUUAAUUUAUGCCAUAAUAAUGCUCUAAAAAGAACUGGAAAGUUAUUACACACGUCUUUCACAUCCUAUUAUUGGUCAAUUUACCCAAAGUCAAGCAUUGCGAUUCCCCAAAAGGAUGUCACCGAGCUUAGGUUGAGACAAAUAUUGUCGAAAUUUAUACCGCAAACUUAAUAACUACCAAUUAUUUAUCUAAGACUCUGUAGUCAUGCUGUUUGGUAUUCUAUAACUAUAGGCCUAAUUACACUUAUUCUUCUUUCACAGUUUUUAACAGAGUUAACAAAGCUUUUUUUGAAAGGAAAAACCACAGGCUCUGUUACCAUGACAAUGAAGAGAUGUAAGUUCACAUAUACACCUAAUCUAGUUAAUAAAAUUUUAUUACUAGUAAUAGCAAACUGUGUGGUUGAGUGUGUCCAUGCCAGGACAUGUAACACUGAGUGAUGCAUACAUUCCCUUUAUGAUUGUCAACACUUGAUGACUAAUGUGAUCUUCUUUGCCUCAUGCAUUCUUUCUGCACACCACUGUCACCAGUUUAUGAUCAUAGCCUUUCUUAUUUAUAAAUAUGUACAAAGGUUUUUUUUAAUAAAUAUUUUUAUGAAAUGAAUCUCAUACAGAUCCAAGAGACAGUAUUUGUUACUCUAGGUUUGAGUAAAAUGGUUAUUUUAAUUCUUAGAUGAUGGACGCCUGAAACCAAAACCAAGAUCAGGAAAUUUGCCAGAGCCUAAUGAAUACAAAUGCCUAGUAAGGGCUAGCCUGGGCACCAAAAAACUCACUACUGUGGUAUGUUUUUUUUGGGGCAUUUAAUAGGCAUAGAUUUCACUGAACAUAAAUUACUAUUAAUAUUUAAAUAUUAUUUAAAAGUUUAAUUAGGUCAUAUUCUAUAUUAAAGACUAAAAAUAAUGUAAGUUUUAAAAAUUAUUUUUAAAAAAUUAGAAAAUGUGUUAAUGAAGAAAUAUACUGCUUUAAAUUUGAUAUGAUGCAUGCAUAUUCAUAUAAAUACCGUACCAAUCUAUAUCAACAGAUCAAUCACAAAGAUGUAACCAAGUUUCAAAUGGUAGGUUUUAAUUUUCUGUAAAUAAGAUAGUUGGCUGUUUGGAAUGGGAGUUAAAAAGAUUUCUUGACAUAUUAUUUUUUAACCCACGAACUGUCAUGACCACCGAUCAACUGUGGUGUUACCACAGAUAUAAAAUUAAUUUGUACCGGUAUAAAGGAAAAUCAGAAGACUUACCUUUUUUUUUAAAAGGGGAAUGACUCAAACAAAUUAGAUUGACUUCUUAUUUAUUUUAUAGUAUAGAAAAACUAAGAUAAAUAUUUCAUGUGUUCAUCAUAUUUGUAUUUUAAAAAAUUAAAAAACAAUUAAAUUUUUUGAAAUUUUUUGGGUAAAAACUAACUUGUACUUGUAGGACUCGGAUGUUGGCCUGCAAAAUGAAAUUCUAAUUUAUUUGAAUUAUUUCUUUAUGACAGUGAUUUUAAAGAUAGUUUUGUGGCGUUACAUAUGGUAGCGAUAAUUGCAAUAAUGGAGCUAGAACUAGUGGCAGUUCAAAUUCUAAUAUUGGAAGUAGUGGAGAAUAGGGUGCUAAUUAAUUUUAUAGGCAUUAUAUUAAGAAAUAAGUAGGUCACCCAUGAAUUUAUUAUUUAAAAAAAAAUUUGUAUAUAUCCAAAUAACUCUAUUAUUUUAACUGAAAGAAAAUGUUUUAUGAGUCUGAAAAACUUAUUUAGGUGAUUAUAAGGAUCCAACAGUCAGUGUGGGUGUGAGUUCAGGAAAGAUAAUAAAACUAAAGCACAACUGUACUCACUGUUGAAGGGUCAAGGUUAUAUUAAGUUAUAUUCAUGUCACAUAGCUCACAGAAUGUACUCUAAGAAUAAUUAUACUUAAUAAGGGUCUCUGUAUUCAUUUUCUGUUAGUUUGAGGUAUUUUAGUUAUACACAUAUCAAAGUUCAUUUAAAAAAGCGUUGACACCACAGCAUGUUUGAAUUUGACAGUUCGUGGGUUAAUUUUUUAUUCUUACUAAUUUUGGUUUUCUAAAAUGAAUUUAGUAUAGAAAACAAUUUUUUAGUGCAGGUGGCACUCAGUUAUAGAAGGCCAGACUUUUAUAGGUUUCAAAGAGCACUCAUGACUCCCCAUAAAGCAAGUCAGUGAAUACAAAUGAGGAAAUUCUUUCUUUGUUACAUUAACGCACCUCCAAGGCAUAAUAAUUUCACCUUGCAGGUUCAUUGGUGUAUGAACUAUUUAUUCAAUUUUUGAGUCUGUGUUGACCAUUAUGACUUUGCCUCCAAAGCAAAAUUCCACUGCAAGUAGAUCAUUGGUGUUUGAAUUAGCUUGCACCAAGGAAACACAAAAAUGAUAUUAAAAAUAAUUAAGUGUUCAGAGAAAAGCCACAUGCCAUCAUUUUUUGAAAGACCAUAUGUCUUAAGUUAUAACAAUUAUAAAUAAUAAAGUGAGAAUAAUGAACCAUGUACAAGCCAGUGCUCCCAUGGGAGCGUCAUGAAAUGGAAGUUUUAAAUUUUGUUUUACAAAUAAAAAUAUAAAUUAAAGUCGAGGGAGCAUUUUUAAAAUGAAACAACCAAUGAAUAAAUGAUUAAUUUCAAUUUUUAUAAAAUUCAAAUAGCUUUCAUGGUUGUCACACUUAGAAUAUUGUUUCACCAAGAUGGUUCUAAUAGAAGUUAUAUUAAUGGCUGUAAGUGAAAUUAGUUAAAAUGUACUUUUUGUCGCAGGCAUAUGGAAAUCUCCUCAAGGCAAACAUGGACGGGCUGAAAAAGAAAGACAAGAAAGCUGCAAGAGGGAGAAAGAAAGCAAAAGCCACCCAAUAGAAAAUGUUUGAGUCUUUUUUAAUGUUAUUACACCUCAUUACCACUGGGGACUGUCCAAAAUAAAGCCACAAAAUCUCUGUUUCUAUAGAAUACAAUGACACCUGUACUGGUGAGGGCUGGAUGAAUUAAUUCAAAUCAUGGCGGGCUGCUGAUGGGAGUGAAUGAGGUGUGAGAAUUUGUUUUUGAAAAACUUUAACUUAUUUCUUUAUUGAUUUGUACAUAUUUUUGCUCUCCUAAAUUUGGUUGGGGAUAUUCAUCAUGUUUUCUCUCUCUUUAUACAUCAAAAAAAAUAAAUAAAAAAUGUAUGAGUAAAAAUGUUUGGAAAAUGAGGAGCUGAUCUAACGUCACAAUACUGUGUUGUUAUCCUUGAAUUAAUGUUGUAUUUGUCAUGCAAUGUUGAUUGUGAAACGAAAUCAUCUCUGUCACCAACAGGUAUACAUAAAUAUGUUUAUUUGUGCAGUCAUACCUGCAUGAGACAGAUCUGUAAAUCAUCAUCAGUGGCACUACAGCCCUUGUAGGGCCCCUGCCUAGGUCUCUAAAUAGAAAAGCCUAUUUGAUCACUUUCAGGGUUUGUCCUAUAUGAGUUUUAUAUCUGUUGAUGCUGUUUGACUGUUAAAUGGUGCAUGUAAACCUAAUAAUUAAUGAAUGCUGGAGACAAGAGACAUUUUAAUGAUGAUACAAUCAUGCCACUCUAAAAGCGUCUUGUUUAUUUUACUGACUAUCUGUGGAUGUAAUGGGAUUUAUAUAUUAAGUUUAAAAUAAUGUUGGUAAUCCUGUUUGUUAGAUCUUUGCUGCCAGUCUUCAUGUCGUGUGACUGUGCUGUUAUGUUGAGCAUGUGGCUGACUUAUUUUACUCAAUGUAAAUGUAGAGGUGGACAUAUUGAUAUAGAUACAGAUAUCGGUAUUACCAGUAUAUAAAUGAGGGACCAAACAAGCACUCAAAAAAUCAAUGACUUAAUCUACCAUCAAUUUCAAUAGUCUGUUUUGAUGUAUGUCCAAUUUGACUGCAUUGUUACAUCGUCCGGUACAUGUCUAUGCCAAACCGAAUGGACAGAACAGUGGAUGUCCUAAGACAAGAAUUAAUAUAGAUGUACAGGGAACCAUUGUUGAGGUAAUGUCCAGAUAUCGUAUCCAGCUUUGUAUCACUCAGCAGGCAAAGAGUAGUACAUAACUUUUCUAACAUUGUUUUGGCAUUUUUAUGACAGUCUGUCAUUUUCAAAUAUAAUAUAAUUCUCUCUCCAGUUGACUUGUUCUUUUCGUACAGUAUUGAAACCUUUUAAAAAUAAUUGUAUAGGUUUUUGUUUCUAAGGCAUUUAAAGAGAAGAUGUUUGUUAUUAAAAAACAGUUUGAUCUAUACAUUAGUCAAGGCAUUGACUUUAUUUUGUAAGAAGGCUCUGUAUUCUCUGAAGGUGUGUGUGUGU